AUGUCAGGCACUCCUCUUUCGAAGGACGAGGCGAAGAGCGCGGCGCUGAAGCAGGUUGAGUUUUACUUUGCCGAUGCCAACUUGCCGUUCGACAAGUUUUUGUUCACACUCACGCGCAAGGACCCGCAAGGCUGGGUCCCGAUCGAGACGCUGGCCUCGUUCAAGCGUAUGAAGCCAGUGCGCGAGGUACUGAGCACGAGCGAGAUUGCCGAGGCGCUCCGUACGUCCGAGUCACUGCUGGAGGUCGACGAGGAGGGUACGCGUGUGCGCCGCAAGACCGAGCUGGUGCCGGUGCCCGACGCACACGCACGCAGUGUCUACGCCAAGGGCUUCCCGGACGAGUACGAUGGCCUGCAGAAGGAGCUGGAAGAUUACUUCUCGCAGUUCGGUCGGAUCAACAGUGUGCGUAUGCGCCGUGAGAACGAAAAGCCACGCAAGUUCAAGAACAGUGUGUUUGUGGAAUUCGCCGAGCCAGCGGACAUGACGGCGUUUUUGGCGCAGGCCAAGUCCAUGGACCCCAUUGAGGAUGGUGGCCACGGUGUGGUGUACAAGGAGACGAAGCUCCAGGUGAUGAGCAAGCCCGCGUACGUCGCUAUGAAGAUGAAGGAGAAGGGCAUUGACCCGAACAACAACCCAUCCAAGCCCUCUGGCCGCAAGUUCAAUGCGUUCCGCGAGAUGGAGCGUCAGCAUGGCCAUGCCGCAUCGGAGGCUGCCUCGUCGCGUGCGGAGCCUCUGUCGUUUGAGUACAAUGGCACCACGCUCACGACGCGGCCAGACGGCACGAUCGAUGGCGAUCAGGUCACAUUCCCGGAACGCAGUGUGCUCAAGUUUACCAACGCCGCGCAGGGCGGCAGCUGGAAAGAACUCAAGGACACGCUCACAACGCUGCACCCCACAUCGUUUGUCGAGUUCCCGAACGAUGCCGUUGAAGGUGUCGUGGGCUUCCGUGAACCAGUGACCGACGACAAGCUCAAGGAGAUCGUCGACAAGGGCAUCACUGUCGGCGGCAACACCGUGGCGUGGGAGCGCCUGGACGAGGCCAAGGCGCGUAACUUUUACAUUGAGCGUGCCAACUUCCGCGCGAGCUUUUUGCUGGACCGUCGCGAGGCGGACCGUCAUGCCCCGCGCCGUGGUGGUCGUGGCGGUGGUCGUGGCGGUCACCGCGGCCGCGGUGGACGCGGCGGCGGCCGUGGUGGCACCCGUGACGGCCAUCAUGAGAAGCGCAAGCACGAAGGCGAGCCGCCCUCGAUCGAACCAAAGCGUAGCAAGACCGAGGCGUAA